ACAGAGUUUUUAUGGAAAGAAGUUUGACGAAGCUUUGAUGAAACAACAGGAAGAAGCUUUGGUGAGACAUCAGGUAUGUUAUAUUUAUUAAUGAGGAAAAAUAUUGUUAAUUGUUUUUCGUUGAUAAAUUUGAGUCGUUUUCUAAUAUGUCGGGCGGUCAUACCAAAGGAUAUGUGUAUUAGCAACGGAGUGUUUAUUCGUUUUACACUUCGUCGUAUGUUGAAUAUGUAGCGCUAUUUGUUUGACACAAGUAUUGCCCUCCAUCCUAUGAACAUCCUAAAUUGUGAUCUGGUACUGUAGUUGACAAGUUACAAAUACAAUACAAUAAUCAUUGUUCUAUAAUCAUGAAUUGAAGGGAAAACGCUGUUGAGUGUCUCACGGCUCAAUUUUGGAUCAGUUUUGUUCAUAUUGUAUAAUGAAACCGAAAAAUUUAAUAAUGCGCGCAGGCACACUGACACACAAACUCAGAUGACAAAAUAAUCUCCUGACGGAGGUGAUACUGAGGGUGCAACGUUCAGGUUUAUUUAGUGUUGAAAUAGUGUGAAUGCUGUACUGCAUAUUCACACAUGUACAUGUAGGGGCAUUUAUACGAGAGAGAAUAAGUUGCGAUUUAUUGAUUACAUUAAUGGUGAAAUUCGCCACUUUGUAGAGUUGUUCGCAACUUAAAUAAGAACAGGGGUUCUGACUGGUCCACAAUAAGUCACAACUUAUUAGAAUUUUACCAUUUAUACAAGUGUUUUCGCGUCUUAUAUAAGACGCGACUUAUGUUCCCCCGUAUAAAUGGCCCAAAUAUUGUGUUGGACAAAUACAUUGGGUUCCUAACAACGUAUUUGUGAUGAAAUAUAAAACUAGAAGUUACUAUCGCAAGGAAAGUGCUGCCUCACUGCCAAGGGAUCAAGGCAGCAUGCGCAAUUUGCUGAAUAAGGGACUGUUUAUACCCUGAAAUGUAGUGACACAGCUAAGUGAAUAUAUAAAUAUUGGUAGGAUUAUUUCGUAUCAUGCUAACAAUGGACACGUAACAAUGGAUAUAUGUUACUUAUGUAUACGUACCUUGUGCAAAAAAAGCCGAUUGACAUGUUAUUACAUGUAUAUUGCUGGCAGUGGUUUCUAGCUGAGCUGAGGAGUGAGGAGAAACCAAAGCGAGCAUUUGAACGAUCGUUUCAUGUAACCGCCGUCACAGAAUAAGGCACACAGAAGGUCGACUCGAGUAACCGCUGCCACGCCAUGAUUCAUUAUCAAAAUGCUGACGCCAUGCUCCUAGCCAGUGCGCGUUUGAGAAGCAUUCCCCUCCUUCCUUGGACGUCCGCCAUUUUGAAUAUUAUCAGGGGGGUGAAUGCCUCCCAAACGCGCACUGGCUAGGACGAUGCGUCAGCAUUUGAUGACGAAUUACGGGUUACGCCAAAGUCGUAGGAAAGUCAUAGGAAAAACCAAGAAGUCGGCCUUCUCUGUAUCUUAUAUAUCUGUGCCGCCGUCCAGAUUUACAGACGAAACAUUAAAUGAGAAACUGGUAAAACAAGUUUGACAAGUUUCUGUUGUCGUGCGCAUUGGUAAAUGCAAGGUACUGCUGAUAAAAUGCGAGCCAGUUGUACACUGAAAACAAGUUAAUUUAACAACGUCACAUUCUAAAUAUAGUAACACGCUUGAAUAUUUAAAAAUCCUUGUACAAAAAACUGUACAAAUAUUGAAUAGAAUGUGAGAAAAUAUACAUCAAGAUGACUUGAAAACCGCAUAGAGUUCAAAAGAAUAACAAUAAAUUCUACACUGCAACAAAAAAUCAACCUUUUACUGGUUUUAGAGAAAUAUGUUUUGUAGCGUUUGAGGUCGCAAAAAGUGCAAUAAUUGUCAAAACCACAGUAAUAAACAUAUUAUUUGGAAUUUACUCUACCGAAAACCUUAAUACAAUCUCCAAUGUUAUAAAGUAACGAUCGGAUAAACACAAAAAUUAAAAUGCGAAAUUUGUAGCGUGAGAAACCGAUUUUCAAAAUAUUUUAGCAUUGGCAACAACGAUAUUUAUAGAACCGAUACAUAAAUUGUGAACUGCAUGUAGAAUAAAAAGUCGUUUGAUUAAAACUAACAGACAACAAAUAAAACAGUACUAUGUCAAGCUUGUUUACAUCUAACAAACUACAGGAGAGAAAGUCAAAUUUAAAGUGAUGUUGCGUUGGUCGCAUCACGCGAUCUUCGCUAGAAAAUCGUUCGUUUGCUCGCAGUGGUUUCUCCUGAGCUCAGAAACCACUGCCAGCGGGGCUUAUUACAUGUAACUGCUGGUAAGUUAAUAUGUAGACAACAGAGACCUUAAGAUUGACGUUUACAGCAAACGUCAAACCGCUAGCGAGGUUUUUGAUUUUACAACUCUAUUAUAAUAGCUUUUACACCAGUUUUGAAAUAUGUUAAACUUAUUAAACUUGUGGUCUUUAGCAAUGGUUUAAGAAAGCAAAUUAACCACUAGUCAUGCCAUUCACCAGUUGGCGUUUGGCGUAUAAAUUUCAUGCUUGAACUGCUACGAGGGCUUGUAGUCGUUAAAGCAUGAAAUUUAUACGCCAAACGCCAACUUCAAACGCCAAAUCUUAAUUUACUGCUUUGGUGAAUGGCAUGACUAGUGGUUAAUUUGCUUUCUUAAAUCAUUGCUAAAGAGCACAAGUUUAAUAAGUUUAACAUAUUUCAAAACUGGUGUAAAAGCUAUAAUAAUAGAGUUGUAAAAUCCAAAACUUCGCUAGCGGUUUGACGUUUGCCGUAAACGUCAAUCUUAAGGUCUCUAACAAUCCACACUGGGUUGCUAGUAUAGCCUAUAUAGGAAUUAUAUCUUUUAUACAUUAUUAAAAGCCUGAUUAUUAAGACGUGCAUACACUACAGUCCGCGUUUUUUUUUAGCACAUUGCUACUAUAAGCAUCUAGAAUAAACAAUAUAUAAACUCAUCGCCUUGGGACAUCGCUACUCAAACAAAUAUUACUAAAAUUUGACUUAUUGUAUAAAUAUAUCAUAUCUGUGAAUAAAACUGCUGAUAAAUUCAUGAAAUCAUAUUCAAUAAUCAAUAUUGUUUCAAUACUACUCUGCACUAGUCCGCAGUAUAUAUCGAACAAUAUAAAACAGCAGAUCUAAAUAUAAAUCCUAUCAAGUAUACCUCAAGUAUAUCGCCAGAAAGAAAUAAAGCUAUCCUUACCGGAAUUUAUAUCCAAAGGCAAAGUAUUGUUGAUCGUUUCUGAAAUCCUGAGAAGAAUCAUGCGACUGAUGCGAGCACAAUACAAAAUAAAGUUUGAGCGCCCCCUUGUUUAAAAAAUUUCCAGAAUAAUCAUCUCCCCGUAAUUGCGGACAGACACCCGGACACAUUCGAACACAUUCGAUCGAGAUCUUGCCAAUAUAUAUUUCGCGCGAAAGACUGGGUCAAGCAAACGUGAAGAAUAGGGAGCUGCAUAACGGCAGCAAUAAACUAGGGUUUUAUGAAAUCACAUGCAUGCAAGGGCGUAGGAAGUAUAUUUCAGUUGGGGGGGGGGGGCAUCAACUUCUUGGGCACUUGCCUGGUGAAAAGGGCAUUUGACACAUAUUAUUACCUCCGCCAGGAGGUUAUGUAAUCAUCUGGGUUUGUAUGUGUGUAUGUGUGUGUGUGUAUGUGUGUGUGUGUGUUUGUCUGUGAGCACGAUAACUCAAGAAAUACCAAACAUAUCCGUACGAAAUUUUUUGAAUGCAUUUCCCAUCGGCUAAGGAAGAACUGAUUAAAAUUUGGUUGAAUUUGGUUAAAAAUUGAACGAGAAAUGAUCAAAAUUUUGUCUUGCUUUUCCCGGUCAAUUAACAAAAAAUAUUACUGAAUGCGUAAUUAGGACGUGUAUAAUUUAUGCGCUCAGUGCUGAGACAAUAAUAAGAUGAUAAACCUCAUUAAGCUUCGGCCUUCAUUAUCUAUUGUCUUAGUUGCAUUUCACGCGACCGAAAUUCAAUGUUUCGACAUUGUUUUAAAGACAAAAGACGAAAUUCGACAUUGUUUUAAAGACAAAAGAUUUUAGCUGCCUGGGAAUUUAAAAUAGCACAACUGUGAAAAUUACUGCACGCGCGAGUGCAUAAAGCAGAAUUUAUGCAUUUAUUUAAUGACACUUAAUAAGUUUUUAUUUUACAAGUACUGUACAGUACAACAACAGUAAUAUGAUCUAUUAGCAAUUCGAUUUCAAUUCGCGGGGGCCUAAAAUCUUUUAUGCUUAAGAAUUAUAAAGUGGAUUUCUUAGGAAAUUCCAAGGUUGCGUUUCACUUCCGAGUAACGGGCGGAGGUAUGCAGUCUCUGAGUGCCCUCUAGUUGUAUACUGUUAUAAUAAACUAUGCCUUACAUGUAAAUGACACAUAGAAACCAGUUUCACAGUUCUAUAUCAUGAAAAUUUUCCAAAAACUCUUAAAUUGAAGAACGUUUCCACACAGAAAAAGGGCACUUUACCUUAAAGAAAAAGGGCACUUUUUGUGUGAUUUUUAAAUUUGGGGGGCCUUGGUUCCCUUGCCCCCCCCCCCCGGUUCCUACACCCCUGCUUGCAUGCUGAAAUUGAAAACAUUGCUAUUUCCUAUAAGCUGAUAUAAAGUUUAAGUUAUUAUUUCAUUGACUUACUGACCCAAAGUUUUAAUCGGUAGAAUCACACCUUCUACUGAUAACAUGGUGAUAACAUGGUGAACACCAUGUUUGCAACGUAUUGCGACGAUUUUGGUUCGAUAAUUGAUCACAACAAAUUUCGUUGCAGGGACAGAAGAUGAGAGAAAUGUAUGAAAAUAGGAAAGGGGUACUGUCAAAGAAAAGUGCAUAUUGCAAACGAAAUUGCAGCUAUUCAGAGACGUUGUUGUCAAAGAAGAAAACCUAUUCCAAGCUAAAUUGUGGCUAUUCAGAAAAGUUUCUAACGAGCAAUGAUAACGCGUAUUCUGGGCAAGAGUGUAGUUUUUCGAUACAAUUCAGACACAUUAGCGGAGUUAAUCUACUACAACUUGCCCUCGCCUGUAAAAUAAGAAGCAAAGAUAUCUCCGCAGCCGAAAGGCGAAAUUGGAGGCCUGAGCCUUCACAAAAAUGGAGGAGGAUGCCUCCCGGGAUCUUUUUGAUCUGUCGUUUGGUAAGAAAAAAAACUACUUUUGAUAAGAAAAUAUAGCGAUUUAGGUUCCAUUACACUGGUGACAAAGUGCCAGCAUAGAAUUAGGAACCUGCGGUUAUCAAUCUUUUAAUAAUUGAAAUAUCUCUUUAUGUAGAUUUUCUUCCAGAUGAUCUUUCAAAUUCGGAUAAUCUCCUUGAUAACACAUGGAAGAAUAAUACAGAUUCUGUUGAAACUGCUGGUGCAGUACAAAAUGUUUUAGGCGAAUCUGGGAACAACUGGAUUGAUACGGAAUUAUCAGGUCAAAACAGCGUUGCAGUACAACAAGACGUCUUAGACCUUAGUCUAUCUUUACCUGAGAACUUGUUCGGUACAUUGGAAGAAUUUGAUCAAGACUUCCAAAAACAACUUUUGAAUAUAUAUUUGGCUACAAUUAUACCAACAGAGUCAAUUAAGAACUCUUUCAACACUGAAACAACAGCUGGCAAUCUGUCCUCUGAACCCAAUCUUGGGAACAAUGUAAACCUCGAACCCAGCCUAGAACCUGAUGCACCUCUUUUUCCAUCGCAGGAAAACCGUGAUACAUUAGGUGAAAUAAAUGUUAAACCCAAUGUUCAUACCACAACUGCCUGCCUGGGCACAGAGUCCGACAAUCUUCCAAACAAUGGAAAUCUCGAACCCAGCAAUUCAUUAGAUUCCACCAUUGCUGCAGAGGUUCCAGAAUUGUCUCCCUCCCUCCCCGUCAGUCCUGCAAACACCACCAUUGCGAACGAUUCGUCCCUCAACAUGAAUCAGUUGGGACCUGAUGUAUUCUCAGAAACGCCCCCCUCCCCUUCAGAAAUCCUCGUCGGUAUGAAUGUCGAGCCCAGCAGCAGAAAGAGGUCACGCGAGGAAAACAGUAACUCUGCCAAACGCGUUGCCCCUGCAUCUAAGAAGAUAAUGGGGCAGCCGUGCAGCUCAAGAGAUGAAGAAACAGUUCCUGACAAGAUUGUCAAAAAUAAAAAGAAAAACACAGCAUCCCGCCUCCGUGGACCAUCAAAGAAGAAGUGUGUGUUGGAGCAGGAGAAGCAGCUUGAAAAAGAGAAUGAAGAAUUGAAAGGCAAAGUGGAAGAACUGUCAAGAGAGGUUGAGGUCCUCAAAAACUAUAUAGUCAGUAAGUUAAAAGGUCAGUGUCCUCGCUGUGAAAAAUGAUCACAGUUAGAAAUUUCUAGACAUUCUAGAAAUUUUCUUUGUUGUUUCUUUACCAUUAGUAAAUGCCUUAGUAGUUGCAUGAUAUGGUACGAGACCUCUUUAGCUUGAUUACAGUACUAGCAAGUAUAUAUAAACGCUAGAAGCUGAUUUGAGCUUAUUCAAGGGUGAUACAAAGGACUGGUCGUAAAGUAGCUUCUAAAGGUGGAAGGAAUUUUGAUUAGCCGGAAAACUAAAUUUUACUUUAUUCAGGUGGAUCGUCAAUUUUGUCUUCACAUUAAUGGGCUAUGAAACAAAUUCAACACAUAUACCUUUUAUUUCUCUCUUUACAUCACUAGGUGGUAUUUUAUGUUGUUUUCCCAACCUUUCAAUUUUUUUGAAGUGAUUCCAUCUUCUUGCUUAAUUGUCAGUCCAAGCAUUUUUUACUUCAAAUUUUAUUUUCUUUCGCAUAUUUUUUGUUUUAAACACAAAUUUUGCCGUUUUUUGAGUUCCUGUAACACCCACCUAUCAGCAGUAAAACUUUUAUUUGCAUGGGGUAAUCCAAUCGGUGUACAUGAAAAAACAACUGUUGAGCUACCCCUGAAGAGUGUUUUGAUUCCCUCUCAUUUAUAUUUCACCACAUGACAUUUUGCAGCAUAUUUUUACAAUACAAUAUAAUACAAUGUCGAAUUGACCACCCCCUAAUGGGGCUUCUCAUUCACAAUUGCUAUAUACAUUUUAAGACAGUACAGUACAUUGAACUUACCUACGGUGGAACUACAGAUGAAAAUCAACAAUAAUAUUACUGAAAAUUGUGAUUAAAAUUGUUCAAGUUAUAUCUAUUUCAUUUACACUAACUCUCAGUCUCAUACUCGCUUUUAAGUUCCGGUUCAUAAAUGCUUGUCUGGUUGUGGUUCGUCCAUUGCAUCUCUUAAAAUUAUAAUUUUCUUCCCAAUAAUUGUUUUUGACUUUUCAUUAAUUUCAUUUUUACAUACUUCAGUUCUUUAAUAAAUUAUCAUCAUUAAUUUCAGCUCUUUAAAUUUCCGGUGUUUCACUUUAUUUUUUGUUUUCUUGAGGAUUGAUGAACUUGUCUUUAUAACGGUGCAUCUUGAUGUCGCUCAUUUUUGCAGAUAUCUUUUCAAUCAUUUGUUGGCAUCCCUUCGGGCUUUGUUGUUAUUAUCUCAAGCUUUCGUUGGUCAUAAACCUUUGGAUAUUUUCUAUUUUAUGUUUCUGCCCACAUGCAAUGUUUAUAUAUUUUGAUGAUGACCAUCUUUUAAUUUUAAAACAGUCGCGAUUAGCAAGAUAUUGGGCCAUGAUGAGAUGGGUCAUGAAAUUUUGUUGACGUUCGUGGAAUAGGCCGGCUUAGAAUAUGGUCUGAAAAAUACCCUUUGCUCUCGACCAAUCCUAGCAGUUACUUUACGACCAAUUCCGAGGAGAAAAUCACUACUUUAUAUUAAUAAAAUGCAGGUUUCGUACAAAAUUUGGAAGUCUUUGAAAGCUAAGGCCAUAUAAAAUAAAUUCCUUGAUUCUCAUCACUGCCCGACGAUAUUUUGGUUUCCGCGUUGAUAUAUUUUUGUAUUUUGUUAUAAAAUAUAAAUUUACCGCCCGACCGAGCAUCUUCAGAGAUUUAGUUAUUUUUAUAUUUUAUAUUGGAAUUUUUGCGAUAUAAAAUUGUUUUAUCGUUAAUAUUGCAACAUGUUAAGGGAUGCUUGGAAUACUGAAGGGAAAAAUGGGCUUAUAGCCUUAUUACAACGACUUGUGUGGACCCUUGCGCAUGUUCACUAGCGCAUGUGCAAUUGUCCACUUAUAUAGCGUUCUUCUAUAAUAUAUUUAAGGGCAAAUAUAAAAAGACCUCCCUCUCCAAUUUUUUAAAUUUUUUAAAAUUUAGCGAUUUGAAUCAAGGAAUUUAUUUUAUAUGGCCUAAUCUUGCUUUUAGCAUUUGGAUACUGUAUUUUCUGAAAUUUUUCGAUUUGUGACACGGUUGAGAGUUCAGUCAAAACCGCUUUUUACCAAAUUAAAACGCCAUAUUUCCAACUCAAAAUAGAAAAUCCCUGAAUUUUCUGAUAAAAGCCAGGAAAAUCCUUACAAAGUCCUUCAAUUUUUGUAUUCCUGACUUGUACGAACCCUCGGACGAAAUGAGUACGAGAUUUCAGCAGAAAAUCUUGUGAUUAGCUUGUGAUUUAGCGCCGAUAUAGCGCACUUAAUUAAUAGGUAUGAUCAUUAGCAUAUAUCGCAUGGUCAUUGCCGUAUAUCAUAAUAUUAUUAUAUUGCGUCAAAUAUGUUAAUUAACAUUAUAUACAAUUGCUUGCUUAAUAGAUGUAAAAGACGCUGUAUUAUAGAACGCAGUAUACAUGAUAAUAUACUCG